GGUCUCCAGAUGCAGUGCGACGGCUCCCGAGAUCCUUCACUGGAACACAAAGCAGCAGCAGGCAGGUCAAAGGUCACAGGUCCAACACAAGAUUUUAUAUGGAUACUCUGUCCACAUGCUGUGUGGAGGAAACCAGUUAUAUGAGAGGUGAGGAGGAGGAGGAGGAGGAGGAGGAGGAAGAGGAGGAAGAUGGACAUGAAGAAAGAAAGAAGGAGAACAAAGAUAAAUCAGUCGUCCAGAAGCAGCAGAAACCGGCCUGGACUCCAUGUUUCUGCAAAACAGAUAGAGAGAUGUUCUGCUUUGUCGGACAGAAGAUUGUUAUUGAAGGUGCUCUUGACUCAUAUGCUGGCAUGAUAUGGCCGGCGGCUGUGUCUCUCUGUCACUACUUGGAUACUCAUCGUGAAGAGUUGAAUCUCGUGGACAAGGCGGUGCUGGAGAUCGGGGCAGGAACGGGCCUCGUGUCUAUUGUCGCUGUGCUCCUUGGUGCCUGGGUGACGUCCACAGACCUCCCAGAGGAGCUUAACAACCUGAGAGCCAACCUGUUCAGAAACACCAGGGGGAAAUGCAAAUAUACACCACAGGUGGCAGCUCUGUCCUGGGGCUACGACCUGGAGCACACCUACCCUACGUCCGUCUACCGGUACGACUACGUGCUGGCAACUGAUGUGGUCUACCAUCAUGACUAUCUGGACGAGCUCCUGGUCACCAUGAAGCAUUUCUGCAAACCGGGAACGGCAGUGAUCUGGGCCAACAAGGUGAGGUUUGAGACUGAUCUGACCUUCACUGAGAACUUUAAAAAGGCUUUUCACACGAGUCUGUUGGCUGAAGAUGCAGAGAUGAAGAUCUUCAUGGCGACGUGUAGAGAACAAGUCAAGGGAGAAGGUGAUCUGGAAAUUCAAGAUCUGCUGAGAGAGGAGGAAGAAGGAAGGGAGGAAGAGACAGAGAGCAAAGACGAGCUUGUAGAGGAGAAACACAAACAUGUUGAACUUCACCUCGUCAGUUUAGAAAAAAGGAAAGAAAACAAUGUAACAGAAGAACCUCAGGUGUCAGAGCCUGAAAGAGGUGAAGAUAAGGAAGAAAAAGAAAAGUAUAAUGGAGAGGAAGAGAUGGAGCAGAUGAUGGUCCACAAAGAUGACGACUAUAAAGAGGAUGAGGAGGAUAAACCAGAUUCAAGUUGUAGCAGCAGAGCCAGUGAUGAAGACGUCACAGAUCAGGCGUACAUCCAAACAGCUGAACAGCAGGACAGGACAGCAGCCUGGAUUCCCAGCAUUAAAAACUACUUUGGUAAAGAUGUCUACUAUUACGCAGGGCACGAGAUUGUCAUUCACGAGUCCAUAGACUCCUUUGGAGCAGUGAUGUGGCCGGCAGCGUUGGCUCUUUGCUCCUACCUGGAAAACAACAGGAAGAGGGUGAACCUGCAGGGAAAGGAGGUGCUGGAGCUGGGUGCAGGAACUGGACUGGUAACCAUUGUGGCCAGUCUGCUGGGAGCUUCAGUCACAGCCACAGACUUACCUGACGUGUUGGGUAACCUCCGGUCCAACGUGAUGAGGAACACCAGGGGACGAUGCAAAUACACACCUCAGGUGGAGGCUCUGUCCUGGGGCCACGACCUGGAGCGUAAGUACCCUCCGUCCCUUUACCGGUACGACUAUGUGCUCGCUGCUGAUGUGGUCUACCAUCACGACUACCUGGACGAGCUCCUGGUCACCAUGAAGCACUUUUGCAAACGAGGAACGACGGUGAUCUGGGCCAACAAGGUGAGGUUUGAGACUGAUCUGACCUUCACUGAGAACUUUAAAAAGGCUUUUCACACGAGUCUGCUGGCUGAAGAUGCAGAGAUGAAGAUCUUCAUGGGAACGUUCAAACACUGAGAGACAGAAAAGAUAUGGAAGGAUUAUUCAAUGGCCCCAACCAGACCAGGGGCCUCUGAGUAUCUGUUAAAAGUGACUAAUUAAUAUUGCUCUUUAGGAGGUCAGUAUCUGCCACUUUUGACUUUUACCCUGUUUAAUUUUUUAAUACAGCAGCAGUACAAUAGCUCAGCUUUAAGAAAAUUGAUCCUACAUCACAGCUUUCCUUUGAAUUCCUAUAUUUUGUGUAUUCAUUUGUAAAAUAUCAGUGAGGAGUCUGGAUCUGUAGUAGCAGGAUUUGUGGUGAAGUUUUUCCAUAGCUACUCCUUACGUCAAGCAUGAACAAAAUACUGAAUUUUAACCAUCAUCAGAACUGUAGAGUUAUGAUUAACCCUAAAAAAAAUUCUUUAAAGAUAAGAACAACCACAUUUCUCUACUGGACUGAUGCGAUGUAGAAAUGAGGGUCUUUACCAGUGAGCGCUCAGGGGCCCAUUGUGUUAUUAUGCACUCAGCACUUUUUAAACCUGUCAACACAAAAAAUAGUAAGAAGGGCAGCACAACAUCAGCUCUAGUUUAGUUCUUAUCUGGACACUCUGAUACCAUAUUUAUGACUUUAUGAAACAUCAUAAUUAGCCUGAAAAAGUCAAAUGAGAAUAGUUUCAAGGAUAGUUCAUUAGAAUCUAAUCAAAUAUAUCUCAGCACUCAAACGAUCUUUACAGUAGUUUCGUAAGGAACAAAUGCCAAACGUUUGGUGGCUGAGCCUCUCAAAUGUGCUGAUUUUUAUUGUCAUAUAUGAUAGCAACCUGACAGUCAUUACAUUUUGUACAGCUGUGGGACAAAAUGAGCAAUUUGACUUUAUCACAUUUUUAAUGAGAAAUUCAGGGCGUUUCACUAUUCUAUAUAUCUCAACAUGAAUGUGAAUGAGCCGGCGACUAGCAGCAGGCGUUGCUUACUUCAUAAGCUGCGCUAAACAAUUGCAAAAGUGCUGACAUAGCUAAUGGUGUAACUCAGGGAAGGCUGGGUGCUACACUUCUGCGACAACGCUGUCUCAAUAUCAGAUUCUACUGCCGUAUGAGUGGCGUGCAAAGCGACAGUAAUGAACUAGCCACUAACAUGCACUCGUACCCAGACCGGCUUUUCCCAACAAACCACAGAGAAGCUCAGAUUACAACAGACACACAGGUAGCGUGAGUUUAGUCUCUGCCACCAUAUCUUCACAUAGCAAAUACUUGUAGGUUGCUGAAUUAUCGAAGCUCUGAAUGUUGCAUACACAACCUUUAAAGACAAAAACGAUGAUCAGUUAAUUGAGAGAAUUAUUGUUAGUGGCAGCCUUUUCUCUGUAUUUCUCUCUGUUCUUUUCACAGUCAUGAAAUGUCCUGUUUUUGCUGGCAUAUGAAUUGUAAUAUUUUUUAAACAUUUCUAUUGUUUAAUACAGUAAAAUGACAAUGGAACAAAACCCCUUUAUUCCUUAAAUUCUUUCCUUUUUUUCUUGUCUGGCUAUUUAAACUGUAGAGGGCACUAAAAAGAGUGAAAUUGUUCACUUAAAAAAACCAAAAUAAAAAAUGAAAUUUGCACCCUGUUAACGUAUGUAAAAGUGAUGACCAGAGCACAUUUGAAUUCUUCCAAAUCAUUUUAUUCAGUGUCGGUUUCCUUGUUUGUGACUUAAUUCCACGUGACCACAAAAUAGUGUGACGGAAGCUCCGGUCUUUCCCACUUCAUUGAGGAAGAAUGGGUAUAAAAUAAUACUAAGAGCAUACAACCUUAUCUUGUAACAUUCUGUAAAAUAUUGGCAUUUACUAGAUUUUAUGACUACAAAUAUAAACACUCCACAUCCAGAAGAAGCAUUUCUGAAGUCUUUCCUGACACCAGCAGAGUGAGAGCAACAGAUACAGAGACGUCUGUUUGGUGCCAGAAAUGGACGGUACAGUCCUGUGGUGAAAGUUAAGGCCAUUUUUGGAGAGACUGUCAUUGGCAAACGCGUACUGUUGACAGCUGAACCCUGAACGCAACAUCCGCCUGAACAAAAACCCCAAACACAGGAAAAAGGAGAAAAAGGACAAAGAAGAAUAAAACAAAAGAUGCUAAAUGUAAAGACGAUGAGCUCUAAUACAGUUAAACCCAAACGACUCCAGUCGAGUAGAGCCCUGUGUGUUUGUAGAGGCCUCUGCAGAAGGUGAAUAUGAGUCACAGCUAAAAACAGAAAAACAAGGCAUCUUCACCCCUGGGUCAACAUGGGCUGUGACCACUGAUUCGCUGUUUGCACAAUCCUAUAAAAGAUUGUUUACUCCCAGGAGGAAAAAAAGGCCUCGGCUUGAAAGCAGCUGCUUUUACACUUAGGCAUGCACCUUCUGCUUGUGAGAGGAGGUAAAACAUAAUUUAGAGACGUGAUAUGUAGACCACUGGUCCUCACACAGGGUGUUAAAGGGAUAAGUCUUUUUCCUUCUUCUAUUCGUUAUUACUAUGUCCAAUUGUACAAUUUUCAGCCUUGUUUUCUUUGACAGUUAAACCAGCUUAACAUGGGGGAGAUCAUUCUUUGAUUAAACUGAAAUACUACAAACUGUAACAGGAAGCCACUUUUUUACAGGUCUACAAGUUAGAAAGGUUGAGACUGAUAAAUAUAAAAAGUGAAUCUGUAGUUUUUAUCUUCAGCAUUCUCCUCUCUUGCAGUGGUUUGUGAAAACAAACAGCAGCAUGAUUCAGGUGAGGCAUUUUAAAGGACAAUACCAGUGUUUUUGCACAUUUUUGUGAACCAAAUUUUUUUUAAACCAUUUAUAAAUGCAUGCAGUGCAGUUUUAUGUUCAACAGAUUGAUGCAUUUUUUCCUAGUUCUGUAUAGUCAUCAUUUUGCAUUAAUUUCCAUAUACAUGAAAAGAAUGGUUGACCUUUCAGGCUUGUUCAAAGAGUAACUACUACUGCACAUGUGAAAAAAAAACGUAUAAAGCCAUUUGUAGCUCCACAGGGAUCUGUACCAAGUCUGAUAAACUGUCUUUGUGAGUUGGGGCUUCACAAGUCAAAAAAAUAAAUAAAUAAAAGAAGCACCAGAUGUCUGUGGUGCUGCCACAUCGAUUUUGUUCUUUUACUUUUGAAAAACUGCUUAUCAUGAAAUCUGCAAUACUACAGGAGUGCAAUGCUAAAUUAUAAAAUAAAGUCAAAGUGAACAUCAAGUCUGCAUUGAUUUUUGUCAAAGUUGCAUUAUCUUUGCAGAGUAAAGCAUUAAAGACUUAACAUGAAUGUGCAAUUACUCUGCGUAGGUCUUUUUCACAGAGUACAUUUUGACUUGUCACAGAAGGAAACACAAAGGUGUAAAUAAAUAAAUGAAUGAUGGCUUACUUCCAUUUGGCUCCUUUGAUUUCAGGAUCCAGGUAUUGUGCAUGCUGGCUCAGCGUCUCUCUCACUGAAGCACUUGAACUAAACAGAGCCAUUGUUAUCAUUAUUGGCAACACCUGUGCUUUUCCUACAAGUCAAAAUGUUCGCUGUGAGAAAGGCCCAUCGCUAAACUGCAAGGCUGCAAUUCUGAUUAAAGUGAAAAUAAAGUUUUUUACUUCAACUUAUCAUUAUGAAGUAAAUGCUGCUUGCACACUGUAAAAUAAAGACACUAUCUGUGUUAAGAUUGGUUUCUUCUAAGCCUUCCUUUCACUGUGCAAUUCUGUCUGCCACUGGGAAAAUUACAGCUAGAUUCAAAGCACAAAGGAGGAGCAUUUUAUCUCCAGUUACCUAAAAAGAGUAUCAAUGCAAGUUAUUUUCUUUGUGGUUACUGUCCCCAGUGGUGGAAAAGGCUGAUGGUGGAACAACCGGAGUUUCUGUGGAAAUUAUGGUAACUGUUUGGCUCUGAGGAAAACAAAAAGCAAGCCGGUUGUCUUUGUGAACAAUAAUACCACUUAGAAACGCCAUGGCAGGGACGCUGAGAAGUUAACUGUUUCCACAUUAAAGGAAAAUUCUUUCAAAUCUGAGGUACAUCUAUGACAUUUAAUAUUCAUGACUAAACAAGCACUAAUCAAAAUUAAGUUUUGGAAAAUGUUAUUUAUCAUUUAUUACCAGUUUAAAAAAUUCAGCUAACCUGCUUCGUCUGGACUGUGAGGGUGCUGUUUAGUCAGUCGAUUUUAAUAGACAGUCGCAGCAUCAACAUACAACCCCAAAACUGUCAUUGCCUUUUGACUGAAAUAUUGUUUAAUCCUGAUUAGUGCUCAGAAAUAAUGUGCCGUACAACCUCAACUCACUGAGACUGCACAAACCGAAAUAAGUGUUGAUAUAGAACCACAGUUUUACCAUAUUUAAACAUGAGUACAUUAAAGGCCCUUACACAUUUCUCAGACUUGGUGUUCACCAUUGAGGUCUUUCUUUAUAUUCUAUUGAAAUGAAACAGUUGCCUAGAAAAAUCUAUUAAAAAAUAACAUCAUAUGCAAAAAGAUUAGCUGUUGUAAAGUUCUUUCGAUUUAUCAGAUAAAAAUACAAAACCACUGGCACGGUCCUUUAAAGUAAAUAAAAGUAUAGAAGAAAACAUAAAUCAUGCUUAACCCUCUCUAGUUGGCUCUCGUUUCAGUUCUAUAGGGAGAAAAUGUUCACGUACACACAAUAUGCUCACAAGUGACACUUAAAGUCGUUCACAAACACACACUCAUGAAAAGAACAACAGUGGAUCAUCGUCAUAAUCUUGUUUGGGAUUAAAAAUCUUUCAAAUUGAAACACACUAAAAUCUGCUUCCAAAUAAAACUGCUCUUCCUUACAUCCUAAAAGACAUGCAUAUAUGCAAAAUACAUCAAUUCGAAUAAUAUUUGUAUUAUAUACCUAUUGCAUCUUAAUAUCUUUUAUGUUAUGUGUGUAUGUACAUUUUAUGACACUGUGUACAAACGCAGCAUUUUUAAAUGCUGCAGAGAGACGUCUAAUACUGCGCGAACAUUUUACAAUGAAAACUGAACAUCCUUCCACUGCCCACGACUGCAUCUGGUAUGUAAGUGAGGUCUGUUGAGAUGGUCGUCAAAUGUGCUGCAUGGGUAACUGCAGUAUGAGGCGGGUGGCCAACACCUCUGGAGGUAAGCAGAAGCCGAGCAAGUGUGUAUGUGGCUUACUAUUACCUGACAAAUCACUGACGGCCUGCAUACAGUGUAGGACACGUCAUACUGCAGAUACCAGCUUUUUAGCAACAUUUGACACCAAAGGCUGAUGAUGGGUGAAAUGACCGCAAUGUUGGCUGACACUACUGAUUCUGCAGCCUCGCACUGGUUUUCAUCCCAUCAGAAAAAGGUAAGGUACAUGUAGGAAGGCACCUCAAUACUGUUUUGUGUUCUGCGUACACGAGUCAGAGCCUCAAACGACAGACAAACCCGGCCUGGCUGGAACAAUCAUAAAAACAAAGAGAAAAAGAUAUUAAGUUCUGUCUCCUUUUUUAAUUUAGGGAUCAGGCAGACUCUGCGUGCCUUCGGGUG